GCUGGUAUUGUUGUCUGUUAAAAAUUUGUUUUAUUGUCUGCUAGGCUGAAGCUUAGGGUCUGAAUCGUAUUACACUUGCACUUCGUCUACCAACUGCCGGCCCAAAACCAUGCUCGUUCGACUUUGACACCAGAGCCUGUAAGGCAACCGGAUGCGGCCGCCGCCAAAACAUCUACGUAAGGAGCCAGUCCACCAGAAGCCAGCUUAUUAGGAAGCCGAAAACGUCCCGGUAGAGAAUUUUUCCCGUUUUCGUGGUCGCAAAGUUGUGUAACCAGCAUGGAGGGAGACAAGCACACCUAAACCCAUCAUCACGACACACCUUAUCAUUACGAUACCCCACAGCACGCACAGCACCCGAUCGACAGCGCAGCCGGCAGCCUUGCGAGGAUAUAUCAGGAAAUGGAUCCGUGGCGGAGUCCUGCAUUGCAGAACGCAAAACUGCGAGCUAUCUUAUCAUCUUACCGAAAUCCAUCUUCCACGGAUCCACGAGAGCAUAUUGAGGAGAGUGACAUGUCAGCACCACCCGCUUACCAUAUGGUCGUCGAUCCCGAAGCACAAACAUGCAGCAUGUCGUCGUACGAGUCCGAAGCAGAAGAAAGGGAAGAUAGCGAAGACGAGACGCCAGAAAUCACCAUCAACGCUGCGACCCAGAUCCGAGGAAAUGGGAACAUCGUCUCCAUCGCGCAAAUGGAGAGCGUGCGGAUAGCAAACCUCGUCGCGACAAUACUUUCCGGCGAUACGAUCCCGUCAGAUCCCACCGCACCGCAAACACCACCAAUACCUUCGCCGCCGCAGGGCCCCGUCACAAACCCUUCGAUGAGCAGAACCAAGGGGAGGAGAGGCGGUCUGAACGUAAACAUCACCGUCAACUGCGGCGCGACCAUCAUCGGCGACCGCAACAUCGUCGGCCCCGGGCUGGGAGAUAUCGCACGACAGAUGCAACUCGCGCAGCGCAACACCGCACUGCAAGUGCACACCCAGCAACAACAAGCUAAGGUCUUCCGGCAGCAGACGCUAGCUCAGGGUCUUGCGCAAAUCCAGGCGCAGAAGCAGGAGCAGAAGCAGGCGCAGAUGAACCUCCAGCAUAGUCUGGAGCGGGGCGAGGGGCUCAAGCAAGGCCAUCAGAAUCUGUAUCAGAGCCAGGCGGGGCUGGUGACUACUGGGGGGAUAACAAGGCAGGCCACGCCGCCUAUGAGUCGAAGCGAGAGUGAAGGGAGUGACGGGAGCCCGAAGGGAAAGAGGAAGGCGGAGGACGAUGCCGGGGAGGGGCUGCUCAUGUUGAAGAGGUGUUGAGUUGAUGUAUUUGGUUCAGGGUUUGGCGUUGAGGCAGUCGAUGCAUUUGCAGGCGUCCUUUAUGAAGUCAUGACGGGAUAGAGUCACACUGGUGCUGUUGCUCCUCACAUACUUGUUAGUUGAGAGGUCCACAUCUUCGAUAAUGAUCAUGGUAUUGUUUCCUCCACA